AUGUCUGUAGGGUUCGGGUUUUCUGUUGGUGAUUUCCUCGCGGCUCUCAGACUUGUCGGAACUGUCAUUGAUGCUCUCCGUGAGUCGUCCAACUCAGGAUCAACAUACCGCGAGCUUCUCAAUGAGCUCUACUCCCUCGAGACAGCGCUCCUGCGCGUCAAGCGCAUCGAUCUUGACGGAUCUCAGCACGCUGAGAAAAUCGCAUUGCAACAGGCCGCCGCGCAAUGUCAGAGAACGAUUGAUUCCUUCUGGAAGAAGGUCGAGAAAUAUCAACCGCAUCUGCAAGGCGGUGGAACAAGUUCAAAGCUCAAGGAUGGGUGGAGCAGGAUAAAGUGGGCUGUUUGCCGUAAAGAUGAUAUACAAAACUUCCGGGCUGAGAUCGCAGCCCACACCAGCUCCAUUGAGGUCUUGCUGUUGACCGUCCAAAUGAACGCCACCACCAUGCACGCUCGCGCUGAGCAGCGCCAAUACGGGACCCUGGCGGGGAAGAUACAAGCGUUAUCAAAUCAAGGCAUGAGCAAGCUCGCUAUUAUCGCCGAUAGCAUCGCCCAAAGCGUCCAGCAGGGGGGACGCCUGCUUGAGACAAGCGAAAAGGUCCAACGCCAGCAGCCUGUCUACAUGAUUGAUGCGUUCAACAAGGAGAGUCCCUUUCACCUGGAAUUUGUCCGGUCUGCCGAAGCCUUGAUUUCAAUCCUCAAGGUGAACUUCAAAGCGUCUGGCUGCGGACCGGGAAUGAUUGACAGAGGUGAAUUCCUCAUAGAGGAGUCCGGUACUCAGAAUUUGAUUGACAUUUCUAAACCUUGGGAAACAUGCUUUUAUCCGGGACAGCGUGUAGCCAUGUGUAUGCUCUUUAAAGAAAAACGCGUGCGAGCAUCUUGCCCAAGAUGUGGAGCGGAAUUCCAGGGCCCAACGGAUAAGGAGGUAGAAUGCAUUACUUGUGGAACCGUAUUUUGUCGGGUUAAGGAACCGAGCCGAGCGGUGCAAACACCCACGUGGAAGGAUAUUCAUCCCGAUGAGCAUGUGCCCCUGCACCCGGGGAAAAUGAACCAGCCCGGAAAGAGGAAACAUCGGGAGAACGAUGAACCCGAUAUUCAGAUGUUUCGACGCGUCCGUAUCAUUAAUCCAAUGGAAUUCGCCCGGCCAGAUACAGGUUUGAUCACAAAACACAACCUUUUCUUGAGAAUGAAGGGCGCCAUUCCAGGGGACCUUUGGAAGUGCACACGAGAUCAGGCACUGGACCUGUGUAGGGCUGAGGAAUUGCCUAAACAGCAAGGGCUCAGGAAGAUCCGUGGUUCAGUGGUUUCCUUAACAUGA